AUGGCGUUUUUGGAGUAUAACGGGACCAAUGUUUCUUUUAGUGAAGGGAACGCGUCUGUGGAUGAUGCGUACUACAGUCUUAUAAAACAGCCCGUGUACAUGGUGGUCGUCCUAGGUCUGGCCUAUGGGAUUAUAUUUGUGUUGGCUCUGCUUGGGAAUAUCUGUGUGAUGGUCAUCAUCUACAAGGACAAACGAUUCCACACGGCGACCUACGUGUUCCUCGUCAAUCUGGCUAUUUCUGACCUUCUCGUUGCCUUCUGUUGUCUCCCGGUCACUCUCAUGACCAAUCUGUAUAACGAAAACUCGUGUCUUGGAAAAUGUUUUGGCGCCCCCUACAAGCUAAUGCGUCUCAGUUGGAGGUUCGGGGCGUUCAUGUGUAAGGCCGUGCCCUAUCUACAAGGUAUCUCCGUGUGUGCCUCGGUUAACACGCUCGCCGCCAUUGCUAUAGACAGAUUCAUAGCCAUCUGUUUCGUCCUGCGACUGAAGAUGACGAUGCGUAUCGCUAGGAUGAUAAUCGUGGUGAUCUGGUGCGUGGCGCUGACCAUCAUGAUCCCUUGGGCGCUGUACUAUAACCAGGUCGAGUACCGCACCAGCAUCCAGGUCCUCUACGUCUGCUACCAGACGUGGCCCACCACCGGGCAGGACCGAGACUUCUUCGUCGCCGUCUUCCUCCUGUGCUACGCCAUCCCGCUCGUCUUCAUCGUGCUGUGCUACGUCAUGAUCGGCCUGAGGGUGUGGAACAGGGACGCGCCGGGCAUCACCACGGAGAGGGGAGUCAUCCUCAAGUCGAAGAUCAGGGUCGUCAAGAUGCUGGUGGUCGUCGUCCUGCUGUUUGCCCUGUCGUGGCUGCCGUUGUACGCCGUGCAGAUCAAACUGUAUUUCUUUCGUCCCGAUGACACCAGCGACGAGAUGGGCAUACUCCAGAACUCCAUAAUGCCUCUAGCGCAGUGGCUCGGGACGUCCAACACGUGCAUGAAUCCACUGGUCUACUGCCUGUUCAGCAAGCGAAUCAGAGGCAGGAUUCGGCUGAUGCUCAUAUGUGCUUCGUCCUCGGAGUCUCAGCAGUUGGUGUUUAGUAGAUACUAUUCCAGCACGCGGCACAUGACCGUCGAUUAUUCCAACGGGCACGUGAAGCUGGCGUUCAAACGACCCAAUCUAACUGUGGAGAAUAUCAGUCUUUAUCAGAGAAACAGUGACACAAUUUCCACGAACGACACACCUGUGGACAAUCCGCCUGACAUAGGCUCCUGA